AGCAAACACGUACGGGCGAAUGGUAUGGUAUAAAUAGCCAAAUAGAUUUUCAACAAAUCACCAUUCGAUCGAGUACCAUAGAACAGCAAACAUGAAAUUCGUAAGUAUAAUAAUUUAAAGUCUUUGAGAAAUCAUCGUACUUACAAUGAAUAAUCGUAGCUCGACACAGCACUCCAUGGGUCCGAAAAAUUAAACAUUAUCCGAUACUAAACAUUUUUUUUUUCUUUUUUUCUGUUUCACAGAUAUCCACUUUAGUCGCUUUGGCCGUAGUAGCCCUCGUCCGGGCCGAAAGCUCCGAGGACAACUCCGACAUCAAGUCACAGAAACAGACAAAACGUCACCUUGGCGAAGAACAUGGUUUCAGUUCUGCAGGUUUGGGUUACAGUUCCGGCUUGGGCUAUGGUUCGAGCUUGAGCUACGGUUCUAGCUUGGGCUACGGUUCCGGCUUGGGCUACGGUUCCAGCUUGGGCUACGGUUCUGGCCUUGGAUUGGGUUCUAGCUUAGGCCUGUCAUCCGGUUUGGCCACAGGUUAUGCCGCCACUUCUGGAUUGGCUUACGGGUCCUCGUACGCCCCUGCUUACGGUGGGGCCGCCAUCGCUACCGCCGCCGCCCCUGCACCAACCGCAGGUCCAUUGAUCCCAAUAUCCAAAGAAGUGCACAUCAUCAACCGUCACGCACAACCCGUCUCCGCCCCGUACCCGGUCCCUGUACAGAGGAACGUUGCCAUCCCAGUACCACACCCAGUUCCUUACCCAGUGGAACGUCCUUACCCAGUCCGCGUUGCCUCUCCAUACCCAGUGCCCGUUGAAAGACCAGUGCCAUAUGCAGUCGACAGGCCAGUUCCACAAGCCGUACCCGCCCCAUACCCAGUUCCAGUCGUCCAAAACAUCCCGGUACCAGUUUCUCGUCCAGUCCCAGUUCCAGUUGUUAGACAAGUGCCCGUUCCAGUAGCCUCACCAGUUGCCGUCGCCGCACCAGCUCCAGUAACCUUUGCUGUACCAGCAUAUGCAUCAUCUUACGCUGCACCGGCAUACGGGUCAUCUUACGCCGCAUCAGGAUACGGAUCAUCUUAUGGCAUACCAGCAUACGGUUCGUCUUACGCCGCAUCAGGAUACGGAUCAUCUUAUGGCAUACCAGCAUACGGUUCGUCUUACGCCGCACCAGCUGCCAUUGCAGCCCCAGCAUAUGGUGGAUACGGUUUGGGAGCUUCCACCUAUGGCUCUAGCUACGGAUCUGCAGCAUAUUUGGGAUCUCAUUACAGUCCAUCCCUGUCCUCGUACGAUUCAUAUAGCCCCUCUUUGGCCGCUUCGUCAUACGGAUCAUACGGAUCGAGUCUACCCUCAUACGGAUCAUACGGUUCGGGUCUAUCCUCAUACGGAUCAUACGGUUCGGGUUUGUCCUCGUCUUACGGACAUGGGCAUUCUAAAUACGGAAUCGCAAAACGCAGUUCCAAUUAAUUUGGUUAUUAGAUUUCCAAUAGUUUCCUAACAUCACUCAAGUCAUACUGUGUUAGGCCACCUGUUUUGUAAUUUUUUUUUAUACUUAGAUUGUAUUUUUUAUACUUGUCAAAUGUUAACUGUACUCAAUAAAGUAUUUUGUUAAACGAUAUAU